AUGAAGGGACUCUUCAAGACCGCGGUUGCGGCAGCCCUCGUCCUCGGCGCUGUUGCCCAGCCCCACGUCCAUGGCCACGGACACGGCCACAGCCAUCUCCACUCCAAGAAGCACGCCCAGGCCAUUGAGAAGCGCGGCGGUAAGGUGAUCGUCACCGAGGUGGUCGAGGGCCCGACCGUCGUCGUGUACGUGGACGGCACCGGCAAGAAGGUGGAGUCGGCUGAGGCCGAGAAGGGCCUCAAGAAGGGCGACUACUACGUCGUGGGCUCGACCAAGCCGAGCUUCAGCUCGCCUCCGCCGGUCUCGUCGACCUCGCUCGCUUCCCCCGACCACGGUGGUCAGUUCUUCGAGAAGACCAGCUCGUCGACUUCGUCCACGCCCACGACGAGCUCGAAGCCGCCCCCGCCCCCGCCUUCGUCCACCAAGCCCGUGGAGGAGGCCUUGCCUACGGGCCUGGAUGCCGAGUUCCCGAGCGGCAAGGUGCCUUGCAACAAGCUGCCGACGCAGUAUGGUGCCGUGCCCGUUCCGGGGACAACCACCGACGGUUGGGCCACGCUCGCCGCUAUGGGCACAUGGGCCAAGGGUGUCGCGUUCAACAACUUCAAGACGGCCAUCUCCGGCGGGUGCACGACGGGGAUGAUGUGCUCGUACGCCUGCCCUCCGGGUUACGAGAAGACGCAGUGGCCCGAGGAGCAGGGCGCAACCGGCCAGUCGGUCGGCGGCCUGUGGUGCAACAGCGACGGCAUGCUAGAACUGACCCGGAAGAAUGCCACGCGCAUCUGCGCGCCCGGCGCCGGCGGCGUCUCCGUCCGCAACGAGCUUCCCAAGAACGCCGCCAUCUGCCGUACCGACUACCCCGGCAACGAAGCCAUGGUCAUCCCGCUCAACACCCUGCCCGGCAGCACGUACCCCCUGACGAACCCGGACUCCAAGACCUCGUACUGGUGGCAGGGCGCGCCGACCACGGCGCAGUACUAUGUCAACAACGCCGGCGUCGGGGUCGAGGAUGCCUGCACCUGGCAGAGCCCCAACUUCCCCGACUCGGCCGGCAACUGGGCCCCCGUCAACAUCGGUGUCGGGUUGAGUUUGACCGGCGAGACUUUCAUCUCCAUCUUCCCCAACCUGCCGACCAGCACUGCUCUCCUGAACUUCAACAUCGAGAUCCAAGGUGACAUCUCGGGCACCUGCUGGUUGAGGGGGGGCAAGUACUAUGGCAGUGACAAGGGCUGCACGGUCGGCCUGAAGGCUGGCGGCAAGGCCGUUAUUGUACUCAGCCUGUAG